GGCACAUGGGAGACUGAUGUGAAGGAGAUGAAAUAUAUAAUUGUGCAUUUAUGCAGCAACUUUUAUCCCAGUCUGACAGGUAACCCUCUUUUGCACACACCUCCCCUGACUCCUUUGUGUUGGGAUUGUUGUGAGUUGUGUAUAAAGACUUGACCUCUGGGCACACACAGAUCUCGACUGAUCUAGGUAUAGAAGCAAGUCUGAUUUAUCAUUUUCUGCCAUGCCAUCUGACGCAAAAAGAAUACAGCUGGCCUGCAAAUAUUGCUUCAAAAUGACUGAGAGACUUUCAGGCCACCUCCGUAGCUCCUGUAAGAAAGGUGCAGACAAUGGUGAAAUCCUUCUUCUUGUACAGGAAGCGAAGGCCAACAUGAGAAGUUUGGUAAGCAACCUCGCUGUGGUGCAGUACCAGCAACUGAAGGCUGCGGUCGAUUCAGACAACGCAUUGAAUUCCUUUGUAGAGUUCCUAGAGUCCAAGGGAUGUCUCAUAAGUGAUAAACCAUCAGGAACGCACAGCACUCUAGUUCCAGCAGAGGAGGAGCAGGAGAAUCCAAAAGAGGAGGAGGAAGAGACGGAGAUAGAGACUCUACCAAGCACAUCAAAUGUCACCACAUCGGUAAAAAAGAUUAUGAAAGCGGCCGGACUGUACAAGAAACAUUCAGUCAAAUCUACCUUACUACUGGGAUUUAAAAAAUACCUGCGGGCCUCCUUUUCCAAGUCUCACAUCAACUAUAAUGUGGCCAUUGUAUCCAGAUAUCUACACUACAUGAAUCCGCAUGUGGUAUCUGUGAGUUGCUUGCAUAACAUAGAGAGGACUAUGCAGUUCUUCAAUGAAUUUGGAACCUUGACUAUUGCUAGAAAAACAGUACUCAAUUACAUUCGUGCGAUCAAGACAUUUGUCAGGUACAUCAACUCAGAGGAUAAAUUUUUAGAAAAGGAUCCAUCUCUCCGUAGGUCCAUAGAAACAUUCCUGAAAAGAAUGAACGAAGCUCUGGUUGACAUAACCAAAACAGCCACUAAGAAACCGCCAGAGAGGAAAGCAUCAACUCCUGAAGAGUGCCAGGAGGUUUUAAAUAAGACACAUCCGUAUUUUAUGGAAGUCAUUGACCAGGCAAAUUCCGGACAUGAACUAGAAGAGAGAGACCGAAUAUUCGUCCUGCAUUAUUUGGAAUCAUUGUUAGUUUUGCAAAAACUCCACAGAGGAUUCGUCAUGCAGAAUAUGACUGUGGAUCAGUGGCUGGAGAGGUCCCACCUUGAAAUCCAGGAUGGAACUAAGAGAAUGAGAGUAGCCGUCAUCAAGGUGAAGAAGAAUUCUGACGAACCGCACAAUGUUGUCCUACAGAGAGUGGAAGAAAUAUGGUUUGAUACCUUUUUCACAAAGAUUCGGCCUACUUUCCUGAAAGGAGAAUCUAGCUACUUCUUUAUUUCUAGCAAUGGAGAGAAAAUAAUCAAUCCAACUACUGAUAUCAGAAGUUUCCAAAACAAGUUUAAAGUUCAUGUGGCAAGUUGGCAGGACACCAGGAGCAUUUUUGAAAAGUUCAUCAUACCCAGCUGUGAUGUUAAAAACCAAGAACUGUUAAGGAAGUAUCUAAAGUCCGACUUGAAGAUUAAGAACAUCAACAUAUCAGAGUUUUUGCAAGCUGCGGUGAUGGUGAGCAACCUGCAAAAGACAUGGGUCCAGCCUUCCACCUCAAGAGACAGACAACUCCCAACCACCAUGGACACAGUCAAAGACGAGACGUUUCCACGGCCCGAUGAGAAGAUGAUGUGCUACAAGUAUAUUGAGAACAAUUUUCCAGUAGGACUUGACCGGGUUGGCCCUACAUUAAAAGAAUGCAAGAAUGUUACUGACAUGCACGGACAUUACUGCUAUGACCGAUGGAGAAGGAAACAAGUCAAACUGCGGAUGGAUGAUGUCAUUGGGCAUUUCAGACACACGAAACCUAAUGUGUACCAAAUUAAGAGACAUAUCAAAAGUCGAGGCUGGACCAAUCGUAUACCAAUGGCCAAGGAGGUACUGGAAAACUGGGAAGCCAAAUCGCCUUUAAAGAAAGCUGGACAAUGACCCAAAAUUAGAAGCUCUAUUGACACACAACAACAACCUGGACCUACCAUAGCAUGACCUAAAGAUGUCAGAAAAUAGUAAGAAGGUAGAAAAUUAUCACGCUACCAGCGUUUAAGAACAGGGUCUUUGUGUGCCACUGUUAAAUAAUUUCUGAACAGUUUAUUUUUUUCACAGACAAAGCAUAAAAGACUUUGCAUUGAGUGAAACAGAAAGUUAACAGAAGAUCCCUUCAACUAUAUUUUGUCUAUUGAAGCCAAUAUAUGACCUAUCCAACCUCGUUGAAGCUCCUCGUUCACCUAUAGGUGAGAGGAAGUUGUUGUGAAUUGUAGACAGCCCCUAUAUUAUUCAACUGUGUUUUAUUUAUUUAUUUUCCACAUACUAUUAAAGCUAUAUUUGAUACAAAUGUUAACUAGUAAAACAUAAAAACAUGCAUGUAUAGUAUAAUAAUAAAUCGUUUUAACGUGUCA